GCUUCCACCGCCACCAUAGAUACUACUCAGAUUUUACUUCACUCCACUCCUCCACAGCUCCGUUCCGGAUCUGUGACCUCUAGCCCAGCCUCGCGCAGCUUCAGCUCACUCCCGCCGACCAUCACGCUCGACUCCACGUCGUUCACCACGGCUUCUUUCCAGUCAUCAUGGCUCCCCUCACCAGCUCCCCAAGCCUCAAGGCAACCUACAACACAGCAAUCACGACAAGCCCUCUUCCCGCCUCAGGAAGACUUUCAACUCUUCGAUCAACCGACGCACGCCUCUGCCCCACCGCGUCGACCGAGCGCUCCUCCGACUCGUCCUACGUUUAACGGUCAGCAUCAGUUUUACGCCAACAGCGCGCCAAACUCUACUGUCGGAUUACGUCGUCACACUACUGCCCAAUCUCGUCCACCGGUACCACUUUUCUCUAGCAACAACACAGGACCCUACCGCCAGCAAAACAACCCACCCGCUGGAAACAUGACUCUAGACAACAAAGACAUCAACGUCGCCCUGGAGGGCCUCGACGCAUUCGGCGCCCCGUCGGCCCACAUGGACGCCGACUUCGACUGGAGCUUCGCGGGCAUGGACCCUCUGUCCAUGUCUGUGGGCACCGCGACAACCGUGUCCCCCAAGGAUAUCUGGAACGAUCCUUUCGGGUCUUCUGCCCCUCCGUCGACCGCGUUCACGAACCUGACUUCCCCUUCCAUCAACGAGUCCCCCUACAUCGGAGACGGCUAUGAAACCUCUCCGCUCUUCCAGCAAGACAGCGACAUGGAUUCCCAGUGCUGGCCGUCGCUGUUCCCCGAGGACAAGCCUGCUCCGACCGCGCCUCUUGUUCUGACCACUGCGUCUGGCCGCCGAAAAUCUUCCAACGGCGGCUCUCCCACCACCUCCUACUCUGGCGUCAGCAAGCCUCGUCGGCGCAAGGGCCCUCUUCCUCCCAUCUCUGUCGACCCCAGCGACAAGAUCGCCUUGAAGCGUGCGCGCAACACGCUUGCCGCGCGUGACUCUAGGCAGCGCAAGUUCGACCACGUCCAGACGUUGGAGAAGCGCAUUGCCGAACUGGAGCAGGAGAAGAAGGAAGCUGCUGCGGAAAUCGAAAAGUGGAAGGCGUUGGCUCUCAGCCUCGGUGCUCUCCCCCCUCAAUAA